CGCGCACGAGUUUUGUCCAAACACCCUCGCCCCAACCACUGUGCGAAAGCAAGACCUAAAAAAGAAGCCCCUCCCUCUUUCUCUCUUGCCUCCAGACUCGAGAGAGAAACCAUCUCUCUCUCUCGGCAGAGACCGAGCUGUUCUUCUCUGCGAGAGGGAUCGUUCUCCAAUCUGAAACCCUAGGGGUUCUUUCUGGGAUUCGGUUCUCUCCUUCGCCGUAAUCCUUCUUUCAGUUUUCAACUCUACAAGGCGUUCUUGGGGGUUCGCAAUUCAAGAACUCGAAGCGGGGUGGAGCUAACGGUAGGUAUCCCGGACUCGAUUCUUGGUUAAAGAAAGUCCGUUCUUUGAUCUGAAAUCGCGUUUCCUGCCACGACGGUUUUCUGACGCGAGGAGACGGAAUCGAGGAUUUUGUGUCGGUUUUGAUAAUGUGGGAUGUGAUCUUGAAGCGGUUUUCGUGUAGGAGGCUUAAUUUCUGAAAUCAAGAUUUGUCAACUGUGCUUGCUUUCAAGGAUUCACACCCCACCCCCCCCCGGGAAGGACGAGGAUAUCAGUGGAGUGACGUUUGUGCUUUGGGUCUUGUGGAUUGGAGCUUAACGAUAUGGCACAGAAUAACUGGGAAGCAGAUAAGAUGCUCGAUGCUUAUAUUUAUGACUAUCUGUUGAAACGGAAUCUGCAAACGACUGCCAAGGCUUUCAUGGCCGAAAGAAAGGUUUCAGGAGAUCCAGUAGCAGUUGAUGCUCCGCGAGGAUUCCUUUAUGAAUGGUGGUCCGUAUUUUGGGAUAUUUUCAUUGCAAGGACAAAUGAAAAGCAUUCUGAGGUUGCUGCAGCUUACAUAGAGGCACAACAGAUGAAAGCAAGGGAGCAGCAACAACAACAGCAACAACUGCAGAUGCAGCGAUUGCAACUCAUGCAACAGCAACAUCCUCAGAUGAUGCGUAGGAAUGCUAACCAUCCUGCUCUCAAUGGUACUUUAAAUGCUAUGAGCUCUGAUGGAAUGUCGGUGACGCCACCAGCUACUUUAUUGGCUACCAAAUUGUAUGAAGAACGAAUGAGGCAUCCCCACUCAGUGGAUUCUGAGGCAUCCCAACAACUGCUUGAUGCUCACAGGAUGGCCCUUCUUAAGUCAGGAACCAACUAUCCUGGGCAACUGGUCCAAGGUAGUCCAGGCAGUGUGUCAGCUACUCUGCAGCAUAUUCAGGCACGAAGUCAACAGACAAAUGAAAUCAAGAGUGAGUUGGGUGCAGGGCAGAGAUCUUUGCCAAUGGACCCCUCUUCGUUAUAUGGGCAGGGAAACAUACAAGCAAGAGCUGCAUUAGGUGCUCCAGUUAUUGCUUCAAUUAUCGACUCGAAGGAAGACAAUGCAGAUGCCCCUGGUGCUAGUCCAUUAUGUGACAAGGAGCAAGGAGGAGCAGUUGGUGGAAAUGUUAGAAGGAAACAGCCUACUUCUUCUGGAGCUGCAAACAGUACUGGUACAGGAAAUACUGUUGGACCUUCUCCCAACUCCCCUCCAUCAACUCCAUCCACUCAUACACCUGGUGAUGGGGUUGCAGUGGCUACAACAAGAGACUUGGAGCAUUUUGGGGAUGUUUCUUUGGAUGAUAAUGUGGAAUCAUUUCUGUCAGAAGAAGAUGGAGAUGCAAGAGACAUAUUUGCUGCAUUGAAAAGAAGUCCUGCACAACACAACACAGAGUCUUUAAAGAAUUUUGCCUUUACUGAAGUCAGUUCUAUCCAUACAAGCAACAGUAAAGUUGUUUGCUGCCACUUCUCUUCAGACAGGAAGCUAGUGACCAGUGCUGGGCAUGAGAAGAAGGUUGUUCUCUGGAACAUGGAUACUCAACAAACAGAGAGCACUCCCAAGGAACACUCUUUUAUUAUUAGAGUUACAUGUUUUAGGCCAAACUCGACUCAGCUGGUUACAUCAUCUUUUGAUAGAACUUUGCGACUUUCGAAUGCUGCUGAACCAAACUUCAGUUUGCACAUGUUUGCUGGGCACAACUCCGAAGUGAGGUCACUAGAUUUUCAUCCUAAGAAGACAGAUCUUUUCUGCUCUUGUGAUGACAAUGGUGAAAUUUGGUACUGGAAUGCCAGCCGGUACUCAUGCUUUUGUGUUUCUAAGGGUGGUACAGCGCAAGUAAGAUUUCAGCCCAGAAUUGGACAUCUUUUGGCUGCGGCUGUGGAAAAUGUGGUGUCGAUUAUUGAUGUUGAGACAAAUGUGAAGACACUCGCAUUACAGGGUCAUAACAAGGAGGUACACUCCAUUUGUUGGGAUUCUAAUGGAGAUCAUCUGGCAUCUGUUGGUCAGGAUUCUGUUAAAAUCUGGUCUCUGACAUCAGGAGAAUGCAUUCAUGAGCUAAGCUCCAAUAGGAACCAGUUCAGUUCAUGCAUAUUCCAUCCAAGAUACCCUAAACUUCCGAUCAUUGGAGCUUAUCAGACUUUGGAGCUGUGGGACACGGCUGAGAACCGGUACAUGAUGGUUCAGGCACGUGAAGGCACGGUUGCAUAUUUGGUACAAUCACCUUUCACUGGAAUUGUUGCCUCUGUGAGUCAUGACAUAUGUGUUAAGAUAUGGAAAUAGGCUAAGUUGGUGACUGGACUUCCUUAUGGUAGCACUUCGUCAGCAGCCAGAAAAGUGAAAAAGGAAGAGGGGAUGAUAGGCAGUGUUGUUUUUUCUGUUUGUUUGUCAAUUAGUUGGGGAUUUUGGGGGCAAUAAAAUCAAAACGACAAAUUUGGUGUAAUGGCCUUAGGUUGUAUCAAAAGAAAACAGGUCAUAGUUCUUUUCCUUUUUUCAUAAAUUCAUAUUGAUGUACAUGGAUAAUUUGUCUUAUCAAACUUUGUUUGUUGUAAAA